AUGGCUGGAACGCCAGAGAUCUGGGCUGAAGCAGCUCAGGAGAUCUCUGAAAGAUGCGAUCUGAGUGGCCUUAAGAAUACCAACCAUGGCGACUACGAACAGAGGAAGACUCAUGUCUGCUCAGCUCUGAUCCUCUUUGGUGUUCAUCAAACCUUGAAGGGCCUUGGAGGUGGAUCUACCACUGUCUCUGCUUCUUUCUCGUGGCAAUCUGCAUGGACUGCCCUCACCUCCAUGACAGUGGAUUCAGCGUUGGCAGCAAACGCAAAUCCUUUCCCACGGUUCUCAUGCGACGCGGAGCGUCUUGUAAAGUCGGGCCUCCUUGAUAUCGUUGUUGUUUUUGAAUAUGGCAGGGAGAACGCAAUACUCCCCCAUUUUCCACUCAUUUUCGGACUUACAUUAGGAUAUGAUCGUUCACUUUUUGACCCAGUGGUCAUUGAAAGUAUUCUGAGCACGCUUCACACGGUCUUGAUUGCCACGACUAUGCCAUCGCAACUUGAGGCUCGUUUGACCGAAUGGAACAAGACCGAUGACAGAUACCCAUCUCAAAAACGACUCAAUCAUCUUUUUGAAGACAUUGCAAACAGCAAGGGGACACGAAUCACGUACGACGCUCUUAAUGCGCGCGCCAACAGUCUCGCCCAGCAGCUAUCUUCUCUCAGUGUCCUGCCCGAGCAACUCGUUGUCUUGUUCCUCGACAAAAGCGACAUGAUGAUCGCAACCAUACUGGGAGCGUGGAAAUCUGGCGCAGCCCACGUACCUGUUGACCCUGGCUACCCAGAUGAGCGUGUCCGCUUCGUGCUCAAUGACACACAGGCUCGGGUUAUCAUUGCAAGCCAGCGGUAUACCAAGCGGCUAAGGGGAAAUAUUGUCGAGGAUAAGGAGACUCGCAUCUACGUCGUCGAGGAUUUGCUGGCAGCCGCCGACAACAAUGAGCAAGCAACCAGGACGUCUACAGGGUGCAUAGAUUUUCUAUCUCCCACUCCCCUCACGAGCAAGCAGUUGGCGUAUGUCACUUACACCUCUGGCACCACCGGGCUGCCGAAAGGUAUAUACAAAGAGCACACCAGUGUUGUCAACAGCAUCACAGAUCUGGCGGGUCGAUAUGGCGUUGCCGGAGCCCAGGACGAAGUCAUCUUGCUCUUCUCCGCCUACGUUUUUGAGCCAUUUGUGCGGCAAAUGUUGAUGGCACUGACUACUGGUAACAAGCUUGCCAUCAUCAGCGACGAGGAAAAAUUCGAUCCGGACAUUCUGCUUCCAUUCUUCAAAGACAACAGUGUCACUUACCUCAAUGGGACGGCGUCGGUGCUGCUGGAGUAUGACUUCUCGUCGUUCGGCGAAACGCUCACCAAUGCGCGUUAUCAGGCGCUCAGACAGCGAUUCCGAGGCCGUAUAUUCAGUGAAUAUGGCUUCACCGAGUCGGCCUUUGUCACCGCGUUGAAAUCAUUCGAUGUUGAUUCUCAACGAACAGACAUGAGCCUGGGGCGACCUGUGCGUAACGUCAAGUGCUACAUUCUCGACCAAAACCUGAAGAGGGUGCCAAUUGGAGUACCAGGAGAACUAUACGUGGGCGGCCUCGGCAUUUCCCGUGGCUACAUGAAUCGUCCAGAGCUCACACGACAAAAGUUCCUGCUCAAUCCCUUUCAGACGGCUCAAGAAAAGGCCAUGGGCGUCAAUGGCCUGAUGUACAAGACCGGGGACUUGGCACGCUGGCUCUCCGAUGGUGAGGUUGAGUAUCUGGGUCGCGCCGACUUUCAGAUCAAACUUCGCGGGAUUCGAAUCGAGCCUGGGGAGAUCGAAUCCAAUAUUGCGACGUACCCCGGUGUCCGGGCCAGUGUCGUCGUGUCGAAGAAGCUGCUUAGCCAAGGACAAGAAACCAGCCAGGAUCACUUGGUCGGAUACUAUGUCUGCGACCAAGAUCCAGUGUCAGAAGGUGAUCUGAUUGCCUUUUUGGAAACCAAACUUCCACGGUACAUGAUACCUACACGACUGAUCAUGCUACCAACCAUUCCCGUCACUGUCAACGGCAAGGCUGACCUGCGUGCGUUGCCUGCGGUCGAAGUCGAGGCAGGCUCAAACGGCUCGCCAGAAGAGCACCUCGACGAGCUCGAGGCACGUUUGGCGGAGAUAUGGAGUGAAACACUACGAGUGGAUCUGUCUUCCAUUCGUUCAGACUCUAGCUUUUUCCGUCUUGGGGGGCAUAGCAUCACAUGCAUUCAACUAAUCGCGCGGGUGAGGCGACAACUGAAACGGCCGAUCAAUCUCGAAGAGGUCUUUCGGACAAAGACGCUUGAAAACAUGGCAAAGCUCUUGCGUAAUCAGAGGCGAGGUUCGCAAUCUGUAUCCAACGGAGCCAAGAGCCAGCCGCACACGAACGGCGUCAACGGGGCUGCAGACACGGGUACCUCGAGAGGGACCGCUCGCAGUCAUCAGUACGCCGCCAACAGCUUACAACAAGGGUUUGUGUACCAAUCCCUCAAGCUGGGGAAGACAGAUGCAUACAUAAUGCACUCAAUUAUCCACUAUGAGAUCACCCUGGAUGUUGACCGAUACCGGGACGCCUGGCGAGCAGUGCAGAGACGGAACCCAGCGUUGAGAGUCCACUUUGUCUGGGAAGACGAUGUUCUGCAACUUAUCGAGCCCAGUCUCAGCUUGGAUUGGCGUAUUAUCGACUUGACUGGUCAAGGAGGCAAUGAAAACAAUCAAGUCCUUCUCCAUCGCCUGCAACAAUCGGACCUCGACGAGCCUUACCAGCUAGACAAAGGACCUCUAUUCCGUGUCUACCUAGUCUUCUUGCCGGAUGGGAAGCAGACGUCCAUUUUCAGUUGUCACCAUGCAAUAAUGGACGGUUGGAGCUUGCCGCUCCUUUUCGACCAGGUGCACGAGGCAUACCUCAGCAAGAACGCCGAGCAAGGGUGCAUUCCCAAGGAGAAUACGGCUUACAUCCGAUGCCAGAAGUACCUCGAAGAGCACAGAGAUGAUCAUCUGGAGUUCUGGCAAACUCAGAUUGGCAGGAUCGAAGAGCGCUGCGACAUGAAUUCCCUCCUGAAUGAAGCCAGCCGUUACAAAGUGCCACUGGCAGACUACGAUGAAAUCGUGGAACAGAGGCAGCAGUCCGUUGAGCUUCCUUGGGGAGACUCGAAGACCAGCAGCACCAAGCAAGAGCUUGACAAUCAUGGGAUCACUCUCCAUACCCUCCUCCAACUUGUCUGGCAUUUGGUUCUGCAUUCAUACGGUGGAGGUACCCACACCAUUACAGGAACGACAUCGUCUGGGCGGCAUUUACCAGUGGAGGGUAUCGAAGAUGCCAUUGGACUCUUCAUCAACACACUACCCUUGAUCGUCGACCAUGGCUACAUUGGCACCCUAGGCUACGUCCAAGAAAGAGCCAACGAUAUGAAUCUCCGCAGCAACGCUGAGCUUGGACGGUUGCUAAAGGCUGAUUUGAAGCAUGGUUUGUUCGACUCACUAGAAAUCCACCGCCAAACAUUGCGGUAUAUAAUUGAAGGCGCGAUUGCCAGGGAGAAUGGACAUGGCAGCUGCCCCUUUACGAGCAUCCAUACACUCUUGCAGACGGUCCGGGACGUAUUCGACUGUGUGUCAAAGAACCUCGACAUGCACGAACGAGCCAAACUCGACCAAUGGAACGCCACCGAGUGCGAGUAUCCAAACACAACGCUGCAUGCUCUACCAGACAAGCGGUUGACAUACCGAGAGCUGAAUAGCCGCGCAAACUCACUGGCAUAUGAGCUUCUGCAAAGGGUGCCUGUCCAACCAAACAAAAUCAUUGCCCUGGUCAUGCACAAGAGCGAGCACAAGAGCGAGCACAUGAUCACCAACAUCUUGGCAAUCUGGAAGACAGGCGGUGCCUACGUGCCGAUUGACCCUGCAUACCCGGACGAUCGCAUCCAGUACAUCCUGGAAGACACAGGUGCUCUGGCUGUCAUCACUGACGCCCAAUAUGUCGAGCGUCUGUGUCGAGUGGCGCGAGAUGACGUUCUGGUACUGGAGUCUGAUAUUGCUUCCCGCCUCGAACCAGCCGCCCUUCAUCCAACCACAGCAUGCAGCCCUGCAGAUCUGGCAUACAUCAUGUACACUUCCGGAACCACUGGGAGACCAAAAGGUGUCAUGGUGGAGCAUCACGGUGUUGUGAAUUUGUGUGCCUCGCUCAGUCAGACAUUUGGUUUGCAGGAUACUGACGACGAAGUCAUCCUGUCGUUCUCCAAUUACGUCUUUGAUCAUUUCGUUGAGCAGAUGACAGAUGCAUUGCUGAAUGGCCAGACCCUUGUGGUGCUCAACGACGACAUGAGAGGCGACAAGGAGAGGUUAUACAGGUACAUGGAAACCAAUCGCGUCACUUACCUCUCUGGCACGCCAUCGGUAAUCUCCAUGUACGAGUUCGACAGAUUCGCAUCACACUUGAGACGCAUCGACUGCGUCGGCGAGGCAUUCAGUGAGCCAGUCUUUGACAAAAUUCGCAGCACGUUCUCGGGACUCAUCAUCAACGGCUACGGGCCGACUGAGGUGUCUAUCACGACAAACAAGCGGCUGUAUCCGUUUCCAGAGCGACGCACAGAUAAGAGUAUUGGCCAGCAGAUUGCAAACAGUACCAGCUACGUUGUCGAUACUCAGAUGAAACGUGUCCCAAUCGGUGCCGUGGGUGAGCUCUACCUCGGCGGCGACGGAGUUGCUCGGGGCUAUCACAACCGGCCUGAUCUAACAGCAGAGAGGUUCCCAAUGAACCCUUUUCAGAAGGACAUUGAGAGAGCUCAAGGUCGCAAUGGACGUCUGUAUAAGACUGGAGAUCUGGUCCGAUGGAUCGGCGACGGUGAGAUUGAGUAUCUGGGACGCAAUGACUUCCAGGUCAAGAUCCGAGGUCAGCGUAUCGAGCUCGGGGAGAUUGAGGCAGUACUCUCAUCCUAUCCCGAAGUCGACCAAUCUGUAGUUCUGGCAAAGAACCGCGAAACAGAUGGUCAAAAUCAGCUUAUCGGUUACUUUGUAUCUGCUGGCUCAUUGUCCACUCGAGCGAUUCGUCGGUUCAUGCUUGGGCGACUCCCGGACUACAUGGUUCCCGCUAAGCUCGUGAGGAUCGACAAGGUUCCGGUCACAGUAAGCGGAAAGCUUGAUUCUAAAGCUCUCCCAGUACCGGAGGAGGCAGACCAGGACGGGAUCAUUGCGCCCCGUACCGAAAUCGAGCAGAUAUUGGCCAAUAUCUGGUCAGAGCUUCUGGACAUACCCCAAGCAAGCAUCGGCAUACACAGUGACUUUUUUGGUCUGGGCGGCGACAGUCUCAAGAGCACCAGGUUUUCCUUUGCUGCAACCGCGGCGCUGGGUGUCUCAGUCACUGUGCGCGACUUGUUCAGCCAUCCGACCAUUGAGACAAUGUCAAACUGGGUUGUUCGAGGCUCGGAUGGCCACAGCGAUAUUGCGAGCUUGCAAGGCCAUGCUCUCAACCAGAUUCCAAUCUCACCGGCUCAGGAACGGCUCAUUUUUCUUCACGAGUUCAAUACAGAUGGCCGUGCUGAAAACGGAGCGUACAACGUUCCCUUCCAUCGCCGCCUACGAGACGAUGUUGCCAUUGACGCGUUCCAGGAGGCAAUCCAUGACGUGGUUGCGAGACACGAAGCACUGAGAACAUUAUUUAAGUGUUCCAACUCUCAAUACCACCAGGAAAUUAUUGAUCAAAAUACAGCCAAGAGUCUUCUGAAGAUGGAAACCUUGACCGAUCUCUCACCGUCUGAGAUGGAAGCCCAAAUGGCUCAGUUCGACACACACAACUUCAGCAUCAGCUGUGAGCUCCCCAUCCGUCUGCAAUUCUACCAGCCAUUCAGCGCGGGCGGAAGCAAGCCGACUUUCCUGAGCAUUCUGUUCCAUCAUCUCGCUUUCGAUUCUUGGUCUUGGGACAUAUUCGAGAGAGAUCUUCAAGUCCUAUACUCUGCUCGGUGCGGGAGUCCAAGCCACAACAGCCUGUCAGUCCUACGCGUUCAGUACAAGGAGUAUGCUGUAGAGCAUCAGAAAAUACUCACUUCUGAGAAACGCCGUUCCCUCGGCGGCUACUGGCUACAAAAGCUCGCCGACCUUGAGCCUUUGCGGCUUAUUACGGAUCGUCCUCGUCCCUCUCAAUUCGACUUCUCCGGGGCUGAUGUCCAGGUCAAUGUUGAACGAGAAACAGUCAUCAAGUUGAGAGAGCUCGCAAAGCGUGAGGGCACAACGCUGUAUACGGUGGUAUUGUCGGCCUUCAUGUUGCUUGUCAACGUCUACACCAACCAACAGGACAUCACCAUCGGAAUCCCAAUGUCCCAUCGCAUGCACCCCGACUUCGGAUCUUCCAUCGGGUUUUUCGUCAAUCUACUCCCUCUACGCGUGCAAGUAGCGCAAACGAACUUCUGUCAACUUGUCAGAGAUGUGCGAAAAGAGCUUCUGGAUUCGCAUGUCCAUCAAGAUCUUCCUUUCCAAGAAAUCACUAAGCUUCUUGAGCAUCGGCACGACCCAAGUCGCCACCCCCUCGUCCAGCUGGUCUUCAAUUGGGAGGCUGCCGCGGAAAGAGGUGGCUCCGAAGAGAGCUUGAUGAGUGAAUACCAUCCCUCCAAUCCUCUUCCCUCUGCGGCCAAAUUUGACCUUAAUGUGUCCGUCAAGGAAACCAAAGGUUUGCUGGAUGUCAACUUCAACUACCCCACGGCUUUGUUCGACGCAGACACUAUCAAGGGGUUCAUUGGGACAUUCUCUCACAUUCUCAAGGAGGUUGCCUUCAUGGAUGCUGGAAGUCGACUGGAUAGACUCACUGCUUUCGAGACGACGCUGCAUGUGAACAGACACAUGGGGGGCGAGAUGCUCAAAGAUCAACCCGAGUGCUCUUCACUUGUGGAGCUAUUUCAACGUCAAGUCGAGCUUCGCCCAGACGACAUAGCAGUUGUAAGCAGCGUUGGCAGCUUCACCUAUCUCGAGGUGAAUAAGAGAGCGAACCAGCUCGCGCAGUUGAUCACUUCCUCCUAUGUACUCGAGAUGGACGAUCGAAUAGCUCUUCUCAUGGGCAAGAACAUCGACAUGAUCAUCUCGAUUCUGGCCGUUUGGAAGUCCGGUGCUGCAUACGUCCCUCUGGAUCCAAGCUAUCCGCCACAACGUAUCGAUAUCAUCCUCCAUGAGUCAAAUCCACGGGCCCUUUUGACGACAAGAGGCAGCUGUUUUGAGCUUGAAAUAUCCUGCAAAGUCCCCGUUCUUGUUAUUGAUGAAGCGGAGGUCCAGGAGAGACUCAAGGUGCUUUCUGAGGAGAAUUCUCCAGUAUGUCGGCACAGGCCUUCGGACAUGGCCUACAUUAUCUUUACCUCGGGAACUACUGGGAAGCCCAAGGGUGUCAUUGUCGAGCACGGAAGUGUCAUACAAUUCCGCAAUGCUCUUCUGGAACGAUACUUUUCCGGCAAAACAGGGUCGCAAGUAGUUUUGUUCCUUUCCAACUACGUUUUUGACUUUUCCCUUGAGCAACUAUCGCUGUCGAUACUCAGCGGCAACAAGUUGGUCAUUCCGCCACAGGAGGGCAUAACACACGAAGCGUUCUAUGAACUUGCCACGAAGCAACAGCUAUCCUAUUUGAGUGGAACUCCAUCUGUUCUGCAGCAGAUCUGUCUUUCGCGACUUCCAGAUCUCCAAAUGGUUACCUCUGCGGGCGAGGAGCUGCAGCGCAGCCAGUACGAUGCCAUGCGCGCUCAGUUCGCAGGUAUGAUCAACAAUGCUUACGGCAUCACGGAAACGACGGUGUACAACAUUGUCACCACUUUCAAUAACAAGGAACCGUUCACAAAGGCGUUGUGCAAUCCACUCCCCGGAACUGAGCCUCUUGUGCUCAAUGACCGUCUCCAGGAACUUCCGGCCGAUGCUGUUGGUGAGCUCUACAUUGGAGGGCCGUGUCUUGCACGCGGUUACCUCAAUCAAGACACUCUCACAAAUGAUCGGUUCAUUCAUCACCCAUUCAAGCGCCUCCCAGAAAGCAGUGGCAUACGACACGAGAGGCUGUACAAAACGGGAGACUUGGUACGGAAACGUCGCUCGGGCUUCCUUGAAUAUCUGGGAAGACGGGACCAGCAGGUCAAGUUGCGCGGUUUAAGGAUCGAGCUUUCCGAGAUCAGGGAGAGUGUUUUGUCCCUCCCCCAAGUUAAGGAUUCGCUUGUAAUUGCGCUCUACGAUGGAACAGACUCGAGUUCCCGCGUUGCGAAGGGUCUCGCUUGCUACUACACGGUCGAGAACGACAAGAACUUGUCAUCUUUGGAGAUGCACACAGCGCUUUUAUCGAAGCUUCCAUCAUUCAUGGUUCCAGGACAACUACAUCAGAUCCAGGGGUCACUUCCGGUGACAGUCAAUGGCAAGGUAGACGUGUCUCGUCUGGCCCAGACAUGGAAACCACAGAGCAUUAAGUCACCCACCGCACCACGGAAUGAUCUGGAGAAAACUCUGUGUCAGCUAUGGGCUUCCCUUUUGGACAUCAGCCACUGCGGAAUUGACGACGAUCUUUUUGUACUGGGCGGUGACAGCAUCUCAUCGCUUCGGCUUGUGGGAGACGUCUACAGCACGCUCGGGCGCAAAGUCACCGUCAAGGACAUUUUUCUGAACAGAACGGUUCGCGCAUUGAGCGAAAACGUUCUCUCAGCCCAGUCUACAGCCGAGUUCAAGGGCUUCAACGAGCACCAGCCAACCCACAGCGCUACAGGCGACGCCCCUCUGACACCCAUCCAGGGGUGGUUCCAGAAAAAGGAUUUAGAGCAUCCUGACACACCUCUUCUUUCUGUGAAUCAAUUGCAAAAUGCGUUGAGGCUGCUUCAAGAUCGACAUGAUGUUCUUCGCAUGCGGCUAAAACAAGAGGAUAGAAAACACGUGCAGAGCUUCUCGCUCGACUGUCAGCAACCCGAGAUCUCCGUUCUUGAUGCCUCCAGUUUUGACUGUACGGAUGCUUUGAGCGAGGCACUGGCAAAAGUGAACUCACUGCUCGAUAUCUACAAGGGACCCAAUCGUGCUCGCUGA